AUGGCUAUGCAGAGCCAGCUUAUGUGCAAUGGGUGUCGGACCAUUCUUCUUUAUCCCAGAGGAGCUUCAAAUGUCCGUUGCGCAUUAUGUAAUGCAAUUACCUCUGCCCCGCCACCUGGAAUGGAAAUGGCCCAACUUGUGUGUGGAGGUUGCUCUACGAUGCUAAUGUAUACACGUGGUGGAACAAGAGUGAGAUGCUCCUGCUGUCAGACGGUGAAUCUUGUCUCAGCGCCCAAUCAAGUUGCUCAUGUGAACUGUGGGAAUUGCCGUACAACACUGAUGUAUCCAGCUGGUGCUCCAUCAGUUAAAUGUGCAGUCUGUCAAUACAUUACAAAUGUUAAUAUCCUUUGUUCAUCAAAUGGAUUUGAUGGACCAUGA